UAGCUAAAAAACUUCAAAGUUCGGGAAUAAAAACUUCGAACUUUAACACAAGUGGUGGACUGGUGGGAGUUUUAAAUUUAAUCACCAAAGUUUCUUAAUCUUAACUUUGCAAGAAGGGCAAAGAAUCAUUUUCCCCUACACACCCAUUUCACUGAGUAACCCAGAAAAGCUACAGCAGCAGAGUUCACCAUGUCUCUCUCCACGAGGCUGAGACGCCCUCAACAGUCCGAUGAUCCUUCAUCAUCAUCAUCGCCGCCGCCGUCGUCAUUUUACUCGAAAGUCGACAAGCAAGGGAGCCUCUCCAACUAUUGGGAGCCUCUCCAUUUCCUUCUCUACAAAUCUGGUUUCCAAACUUGGGAAUACAGUUCACAGUUUGCACUUCGCUCCUAUUUGUACAUUCUUUUCCAUGAAUUGGUGGGUCGACCUGCUUCCUGGUUGUUUGCUGAGGAAAAAUUGAGAGUAUUCUAUGCUGUUAGAAUCUUUCUUGCUCUCCUUUCUGUUAUCACUGACACUGUUCUGGUAGUUGCUCUUUCAAGAAAGUAUGGAAAACGUCUUGCUUCUUACACACUUGUAAUGCUAUGCUUAACCAGCGGUUGUUUUUUUGCUAGCACAAGUUUCUUGCCAAGCUCAUUCUCUAUGUAUGCCAUGUCUCUUUCAUCCGGGUUAUUUCUACUUGAUAAAUACACCAUGUCAGUUACAAUCGCAGCUGUAGGCGUAAUCCUUGGCUGGCCAUUCUCAAUCUUAGCUUUCUUACCAGUCACAUUCUACUCUCUAGCUAGAAGAUUCAAACAAGCUUUUCUUGCCGGGGCCGCUAUCUCUGUUGCUCUUCUUGUCUCGUCGGUUCUCGUUGAUCAUUACUACUACAGCGGAUGGACAUCCUCUCUGUUAAAUCUGUUGAUCUAUAAUGUUGCAGGAGGCGGUGAGAGCCAUUUGUAUGGAACUGAGGGGCCGCUAUAUUAUCUGAGGAAUGGAUUUAACAAUUCUAACUUUUGUUUUGUACUUGCAUUGCUGUUUUUGGCAAUGGUGCCGAUUGCAAGGAAAAAGUAUGCCCCCAACUUGCUGAUUGUUGUCUCACCAGUUUAUAUUUGGUUGGCAUUCAUGUCUUUGCAGCCACACAAAGAAGAAAGGUUCCUUUAUCCAAUAUAUCCACUAAUUUGUGUUGCUGCUUCGGCUGUCAUUGAGAGCUUUCCUGAUGUUUUCCGAUUCGAUUAUGAUUCCCAAGGAAAUUCUCCGACGGUUAUGACAGCAAAGAUUCUUAGACCGGUGGUUCUUAGCCUUAUAUUAUGUGCCUCCCAUGCUCGUACGUUUUCAGUGAUCAAUGGUUAUUCUGCGCCUAUAGAGGUUUACAAGCUUUUAGAGGAUCAUGACGAUGUAGGAACAGGUUCUAUACUCUGCGUUGGAAAUGAAUGGCACCGUUUCCCAUCAUCGUUUUUUGUUCCUGAUUAUGUGGGAGAGGUUCGUUGGAUUGAUGAUGGGUUCCGAGGACUUCUUCCCUUCCCCUUCAAUUCUACCUUGGGUGGAACUGCAGCAGCGCCACCAUAUCUUAACAGUAAGAACAAAGCGUCUGACUUGCAAUAUCUCCGGGAUCUUGAUCAAUGUACAUUCCUUGUUGAGCUGCAGCUUAGUCGGCCUUUCCCUUCUCGGGGAAGUGACUUAUCAACUUGGGAGGUGAUUGGAGCGUUGCCUUACUUAGACAGAGAGCUCUCGCCUGCCAAGUACCGGUCCUUUUUCAUCCCGUAUCUGUGGCAGCACAAGAAUAUUUUUGGCAUGUACAAGCUGCAUAGAAGGGUACCGAAAUGAAGGCAGAUGGUACCGAAAUGAAGGGAGAUGGUUUAAUGGAUCACACCUUGGUUCUGACAGUGUUAGAUUCUGAACCAGCAUGACUUGUCUAAAGUGCUAACCCGCCUUCUCUUCGGAGGGAAAAAGAAAGAAAAGUAAAAGGAAGAACCCCUUUUUUGACGUAGUUUUAACUGUUUUGGUUGGUGUGACUUCCUCAAAGUUCUUACAGAAAAAUGAGUGGUCGAGUUCAAUGGUGCCUUGGAUUGCGUGUAUUUCUAACCGUUUGAUGUGCAUAAGCACCAAACUGAGAAUUUGUAAUUGAUGGAAGACUACACUUCUCUCUCUUUUUUUUGCCCCA